AUGGUCGAGAAGGGUGGAGGCUGGAGGCUGGAGAGAAUCUACUUGGAGGGUGGUGAGGGCAAGGACUCUCUACUUGUGAGGGUGGGAGGCAAGACUCUACUUUGGAGGGUGGGAGGCAAGGACUCUACUGGAGCUGGAGGGCAAGGACUCUACUUGGGGGUGGAGGGCAAGGACUCUACUUGGAGGCUGGGGAGGGCCAAGGAAUCUACUUGGAGGGUGGGUGGAGGGCAAGGACUCUACUUGGAGGGUGGGCAGGAGGCAAGGACUUACUUUGGUGGGAGGGCCAAGGACUCUACUUGGAGGUGGAGGGCAAGGACUCUACUUGGAGGCUGGAGGGCAAGGACUCUACUUGUGAGGCUGUGGGAGGGCAAGGAACUACUUUGGAGGGCAAGAUCUCUUGCUGGAGGGCAAGGACUUCUACUUGAGUGCUGGGAGGGCAAGGACUCUACUUGGAGGGUGGGAGGGCAAGGACUCUACUUGGGGCUCUACCUGGGAGGGUGGGAGGGCAAGGACUCUACUUGGAGGGUGGGAAGGCAAGGACUCUACUUGGAGAGGUGGCGAGGGCAAGGACUCUACUCUGGAGGCUGGGAGGGAGGCAAGGACUCUACUUGGAGGCAAGGACUCUACUGGAGGCGGGGCAAGGACUCUACUUGGAGGCUGGGAGGGCAAGGACUCUACUUGAGGGGAGGGCAAGGAAUCUACUUGGAGGCUGGGAAUCUACUUGGAGGGUGGGAGGGCAAGGACUCUCACUUGGAGGGUGGGAGGGCAAGGAAUCUUACUUGGAGGCUGGGAGGGCAAGACUCUACUUGGAGGGUGGAGGGCAAGGAAUCUACUUGGAGGCUGGGAGGGCAAGGACUCUACUUGGAGGGUGGGAGGGCAAGGAAUCUACUUGGAGGCUGGGAGGGCAAGGACUCUACUUGGAGGCUGGGAGGGCAAGGAAUCUUCUUGGAGGCUGGGGGGGGCAAAGGAAUCUACUUGGAGGUGGAGGCAAGGAAUCUACUUGGAGGCUGGGAGGGCAAAUCUUACUUGGGAGCUCUUGGAGGGGGCUGGGAGGAGGGCAAGGAACUCUACUUGGAGGCUGGGAGGGACGAGGCAAGGACUCUACUUGGAGGUGGGAGGGCAAGGGACUCUACUUGGAGGCUGGGAGGGCAAGGACUCUACUUGGAGGCUGGGGGCAAAGGACUCUACUUGGGGUGGAGGGGCAAGGACUUCUACUUGGAGGGUGGAGAGGGUGGGGGGCAAGGAACUCACUUGGAGCUGGGAGGCAAGGAAUCUACUGGGAGGGGGAGGGCAAGGAAUCUACUUGGAGGCUGGAGGGCAAGGAUCUACUUGGAGGCUGAGAAGGACUCUACUUGGAGGCUGGGAGGGCAAGGAAUCUACUUGGAGGGUGGGAGGGCAAGGACUCUACUUGGAGGCUGGGAGGGCAAGGACUCUACUUGGAGGGUGGGAGGGCAAGGAAUCUACUUGGAGGCUGGGAGGGCAAGGAACUCUACUUGGAGGCUGGGAGGCAAGGACUCUACUUGGAGGCUGGAGGGCAAGAAUCUACUUGGAGGGGGAGGGCAAGGACUCUACUUGGAGGCUGGAGGGCAGGAAUCUACUUGGAGGGUGGGAGGCAAGGACUUGGAGGCUGGAGAAGGACUCUACUUGGGCUGGGAGGGGCAAGGGGAGGGGAGGGGCAAGGACUCUACUUGGAGGGUGGGAGGCAAGGACUCUACUUGGAGGGUGGGAGGCAAGGAAUCUACUUGGAGGCUGGGAGGGGACACUUGGAGGCUGGGAGGGCAAGGACUCUACUUGAGGGUGGGAGGCAAGGAAUCUACUUGGAGGGUGGAGGCAAGGAAUCUACUUGGAGGCUGGGGAGGGCAAGGACUCUACUUGGAGGCUGGAGGGCAAGAAAUCUACUUGGAGGCUGGGAGGGCAAGGACUCUACUUGGAGGCUGGGAGGCAAGGAAUCUACUUGGAGCUGGGAGGCAAGGACUCUACUGGAGGGUCUACUUGGAGAGGGUGGGAGGUGGAGGGCAAGGACUCUACUUGGAGGGCAAGGACUCUACUUGGAAGGCAAGGACUCUAUUGGGAGGGUGGUGA